AUGGCCGCCGUACCUCAACCGUCGACCUCGCCUACGGAUAAUCGCUCGCCCACCGACGACAGGAAGCAGUCGCCGCCAGCUUUCUUGGAUCUGGCAGACUCUGCCGCACGGUUGGGUACUAAUAUGCCCGACGUUGCUGCCCGCGUCGAGCUCAAACGGAUGGAGCACGAGCGUCAGCGCGCGCUUCACCGCAAACUUUUCGAAGACCAGAUGCGCGCGCUCGAGCAGCAACAGCAACAGGAGCUCUUGCAACUUCCGGCUGACCGCGCGAACGACAUGCAGGGCUUCGCCGUCUCGGCGCCUACCACGCCCCCGCGCGUCAGCGCGCAGCUCGCUGGCGAAGACGUCUCUCCUGGUCUGCGAGCCUCUUUCGCCCAGCACGGUCUUGACGUCGACCACAUGGCACACGUAGUCGGCACCAACGGCUCAGACAAGCGCAAGUCUGUCACUUACGCGCCGGUCACGCGCUCCCCCGACAUUCCGACAUCGGUGUCUGGAGGCUUGCAGGGCAACCACGGUCGUACCAUGGCGAAGAGCAUGCCUGCGUCGCGUCGUCAGAGCGCUUCUGAAGACGACGUGGAAUUGGCAAAUCAUCUGCAUAACCUGUCGCUCAUCGGCCAGGAGCGCAACUCGCCCCUGCCUACGAGCCAGUCUUCGUACUUCCAGCGCAACGGCCGUCUCGACGGCGACGCUGCCAGUUUCGGCGCCAUCUACAACGCCGGAAUGAUGCUCGACGAGCAACUGGAUGAGGAGAUGCACAAUGCCAUGCGCCACCUCCCGACUUCGGACGACGACAAGUACCAGGCUGCUCUCGCGAAGCUUCAGACAUCGUCGGCCGCGCUCGACCUCGCGCGGGCGCCUGCAGGCCAACGCAGCUCGUACGGCGGUGCACCCCGCUCUGCAGAGCCGCGCGACAAGCCCCCGAGCGAAUGGCCGCAGUUCAGCGGUAGCCCGCGUCCUGACGCCAUCGGACAGCGCAAGGCGACGAACCCCGCUCUGUCACUUGGCGACCUGUCGGGCGCUAAGCUCGGUAGCCUCUCCGCAUCCGGUACACCGAACAUCCCGCAGCUCACGCCCAGCGCCAUCGCACAUCUCUCGACGCCCGGUCUGCCCGCCUCGGGCCGUGGGUCGCCCGCCUCGUUCGCGGACCUCUCCGCGGCGACUCGUUCGGUCCCGGCGACGCCCCUCAGCGGUGGUCUUGGUAACGCGGCCGCUGCAGCCCUUCUCGGGAAGCAGCAGCCUGGCACGCCCAUCUCGCCGGCAGAGGCGAACCCACUCAUCAACCGCCUGAGCAUGGGCGAGAGUCCGCUCUCCGGAGAUUUGCCGAACAGCCUUAGCCGCGCGUCCAGCGGUACCUACGACUAUAACGGUCUGCCGCAGGCGCCUUUCGACGAUGCCGCUUCUGGUGCGUACGGCGCUGGUGCAUAUGGUCAGGGUACGGGUAGCACGGCGCUGUACCAGCACAACGGCACGCGCUAUGGUCUCGGUCUCGGUCGUACCAACGGCGGCGACGCGAAGAUCAAUGGCAUCCACGGCCCCAAGCACAAGCGCGGCGACAUCGAUCGCGAGUUCAACCGCUUCGCCGGUACACGUCUCGAGGACCUCAUCGGCGAGAUCCCGAACUUGUGCAAGGACCAGCACGGUUGCCGCUACCUCCAGAAGAAGCUUGAGGAAGGCGUCCCGGAGCACCGCGACAUCAUCUUCCGCGAGACCUUCGGCCACUUCGCGGAUCUCAUGACCGAUCCCUUCGGGAACUACCUCUGCCAGAAGCUGCUCGAGUACAGCACCGACGACCAGCGUAAUGUCAUUUGCGAGAGCGUCGCGCAGGACCUCGUCACGAUCUCCCUCAAUAUGCAUGGUACACGCGCGGUGCAGAAGAUGAUCGACUUCUUGAGCACCCGCCGUCAGGCUGACCACAGAGCGCACGCGCAGAUUCAUUCUAUCAUUGUUGCGCUUAGUAUGCAUGUUGUUGUGCUUAUCAAGGACUUGAAUGGCAACCAUGUCAUUCAGAAGUGCUUGAACAAGCUCGCGCCGGAGGAUAACCAGUUCAUUUACAACGCCGUCGCGAACAACUGCGUCGAGGUCGCUACCCACCGCCACGGUUGCUGCGUGCUCCAGCGCUGCAUCGACCACGCGUCGGAGCAUCAGCGCGUCCAGCUCGUGAACGAGAUCACCUACAACGCUCUCACGCUCGUACAGGACCCCUACGGCAACUACGUUGUGCAAUACAUUCUCGACCUCAACGACAACCGCUUCUCCGACGCCGUCAUCCGCCAGUUCCAGGGCAACGUCUGCGCCCUCUCCGUUCAGAAGUUCUCGUCGAACGUCAUCGAGAAGUGUAUCCGCGUCGCCGAGCACUCGACGCGCAAGAUGCUCAUCGAGGAGCUCUUGAACCGCACGCGCCUUGAAAAGCUUCUCCGCGACUCUUACGGCAACUACUGCGUCCAGACCGCUCUCGACUACGCCGAGCCUGGACAGCGCGCGCUCCUCGUCGAGGGCAUUCGCCCGGUUCUCCCGCUCAUCCGCAACACCCCGUACGGCAAGCGCAUCCAGAACAAGCUCCAGCGCGAGCAGAUGGACCACUACGGCUCCGUUGGCGGCUACCCCGCGGCUGCUCAGCAAAACCUCGUCAACAUGGCGGCGCUGCAGACUCACGGGCUCGGCCGUGCACCUGAUCCGUACGCUGCGCCCAUGCACGCGUACGGCCAGCAGCACCCGCAGGCACAUCUCGCACGCGGCGUCGACGCAUACGUCCUCCAGGGCCACUCGAGCCAUAAUCUGGCUGCCGCCGGCCAGUACGGCGCUGGUUACAACGGGAUGGGCGUCGCGGCGUACCCUCAGGCGGUCAGCCUGUCCGGUGGUCUUGGCGACUACCAGCGCGGGGCAUCGUACGGCUACGGCAUGUAA